CAGAGCUUGCUUGGAAGAACCAAACUUUGAUUCUAGUGUGAAUCUAAAGCUUUGGGUUUAAGACUGUCUCCAUAACUUUAUCCUUCUUUCUUUGUUUCAAGAACUGAACUGCCAUGAUCAAGACCCACGUAAUGAACUAGGACCAGGGUACCCUAAAAACAUGGGACAAGAAGGUAGCAGCAGUUGGCCACCGGUUGGAUCUCCAUUGAACUUGCAGAGAGAAGAACACUGGCGACAUUUUGACAACUCAGUCAAUGCGGUGUCGUUUGGGUUUGUUGCCACUGCCAUUCUUAUCUCCAUGUUCUUGGUCAUGGCUAUCGUUGAGAGAUUCCUUAGACCCACUUCUCCACCUGAUUCCAGAGCCCAUGCUGGUGACCUUGAAUCUCAGACGGGCAAGCUUGGUCUUCAGUCACCCAAAAUGACAUUUUAUUCCAACGGAGUUUCUGUAUUAAUGCCCGGAGAAGAUAUUCCUACGUUCAUCGCUAAGCCAGCCCCGGUGUCUUGUCCUCCGGGAUGCAUUUUCUGUCCUCACCAUCAUCAUGUUUCCUUUCCGAAUACAAAUAAUUCCAAUUCAACCUCAAUGCAGGAAAGCUGAAAACAGCCAUUGCUUCCGCGCAAGGAUUCAACACCGAGCUACAAUCAUUUGAGAGAAUACAACGGGGUUUUUCUUUUCUUCUUUUUUUUUUUUUUUUCUGGGUCAUCUUCUUGGCUGGAUAUAUCAAUAUAAUCAGAGUAGUGUAUAUAGUUGCCAUUACUUUUUCAGAUGGGGAAGGUAGCAUUGGGAUAUAUAGAAGUUGGCUGGCUUGGUAUUCCCAUCUGUUUUAUGUUUUCAGAAUCAAAACGAAAUUUUAUGGUUAUAUUUCUCUUAAGUUACCAAAA